GAAAAAAACAACCUUUUGGUCGUGGGCCACCGAGCAACACUAUAGUCAGUGCCGAUCGUGGGAGAGGCCGGAGAAGAUGCAGUUUUAUCAGAUCCUGUUACUUCUCUUCCCGGCUUUGGCCUGGGCUCAGAAUCCGUACCAACCACCCGCUGGGUACCAGUCCAGCAAGUAUAGCGGCUUCCCAGGGGGCAACCGGUUCCGACGGCCUCAAUCAGGAUACAGACCAGUGUACGCGGACCCUUUCCCCGGAGCGCAGUACAAUAACGACUGCGGGAACCAACUGCUGACAUGCGUGGCGACGGAGGACUGCAGCAAAAAGGUGGACACAAAAGGGCAAACAGACGGUCAGUUUUGCCCCCCUUACUUUAUGUACGAGACGAAGCUUGGCUACUGCGCCACCGUCGCGUUAAUAGAUAAAAACAACCUGGAUGCAGUACAGGCGUGCGAGAGCCAGGACUCCAGGCUUCUGUUCUUCGAGAAUUCUGCGGAAUUCAAGCAAAUUGGCCAGAUGAAGAAAGCCCUGGAGGUGUUUUUCUUCGGGGAUAAAGAUUACUGGCUGGACGCUUACUACGACGACAAGAGCGAGACCUGGAUCAGGAGGACCACCCGGGAACCCAUUAUUUGGGAACAGAUCUUCACGCAACUUACCCCGAUCCCGACCAAGACGACCAACAUCGAAGUCGUCAGGGAGAUAGACGCGAAGCUGCGCUGUCUGACGGUCAAGUUCGACGCGACACACCCAGAACUCUUGGUGGUUACUAAGGUCAAGUGUACCGACUUGAAGCAGAUUGCAUGCAAGCUAGGAUUUUAUACAAACAAAUGCCGGGAUAACAAAAAGAAUGUGUGCUGCUUCUCUCCCACUUCAGACUUCUACCUGAAAAACACUUACGCAGGUCCCGGCAGCGCCCUUGGAGACGCAGAUGCCAACUGUUUCCUGGAGAUUACCAAAGGGCCGGGGACUGUCGUAGAGCCGUGUGCUAAAGUGCUAGCCACCCUGGGGCCAACCACCGCCACCAACGUAAUGCUGAAGAUUCCCUUCCGCAUCGGUUCGUCCUUCUUCUACCUCGACGACACGACGUGUAUCGGGAAGGACGAUCGCAAGGCCGUGAUCUCCAACAGGAAGGUCCACGAUUUCCUCUCUCGCUACCUGGUCCUGGCCAAUCUCAAUGCGGCAGCGACGUACACGUCGUUCCUCUUCGGCCUUCAGUACAAGGGCCACAUCCACAAGGUCAUCUGGCAGAAUGGUCGGCCCUACGAUUACUACAACGAGACCUUCUGGAAUGGCUACGAACCCAACUUCGACAAGUUCGGCGACAGCGACAAGCCAGUGUGCGGCCACUACGUCGUCUCGCCCAUCGAGUUCGAGUACAAGUGGGAACUCACGGACGUCUGCGUAGCGGCGGCGAAGGCGCCCGCGGUCUGCGAACUCCCCAUCCGUUUCACCGACCUCAUGCCGACGACGACGAAGGUGGCGUGCGGGAUGCGUCACCGGCGGGGCGUGUUGGCGCGUUCGGCCUACGCCUCGGGCCACGAACUGCAGGCGCUCUAUGGGGAAUUCCCUUGGCAGGCCGCAAUCUAUAAGGUUCGAAAUCUCGGUGGGUUGCGAAGUACCUUCGUGUGCUCUGGCGUCCUCAUCGACAAGUCCUUCGUCAUAACGGCCGCGCACUGCGUCGUGGGUCCUUCUAAGGACUUCACGGUGGUGCUUGGGGAGUACGCAGUCGGGGGCGGAGUCAGCAUCUUGGAGAGACAGGUGACGGGCGUGAGCGACAUCCUCGUCUAUCCAGGCUACGAGUCGACGAACCCGCUUGUCCACGACAUCGCUCUGGUACAGCUGGACCGAGCCAUCACCCUCGACAAUUACCCUCAGAUCGGCUUGGCCUGCCUGCCUUAUCCGGACAUCCUGUACCGUAAUACGGGGGCUUGGGACUGCUUCACCGUUGGCUGGAACGGCAAAGCUGGGGCCCUCCAGCGCGUAGAAUCGAGCCUUUUGUCGAAGCGCGACUGUCGUAUCUACACUCGCGCGUACCACGAGUACCACGACUACACGCGGAAGACUCCCUACGGCUACGGCACUUCAGGCUACGACAAGGUGCACGGCUACCACUAUGCGACGUAUCAGAAGCACCACUACUUCAGUGGAGGCACUCCUGACCUCCUUUGCACCGAGUCUGUUGAAACCAAAGCUUGUGUGAACGACCCCGCGGCCGUGCUCGUGUGCCGCCAAGCCGCUCUCCACGCGGACACUUCCUUCGGCUUCGGCAACCGCGGCUACGGCUACCACGCCCACCGGGGCCACAGGAGGACGAACGCGCGGAUCGUCAACGCCUACGGCAGGUACAGGUUCGACAGUGAGAAGUGGUAUGUCAUGGGCCUCUCCCAUAGCCUCUCCCCCUGUUCCGGCAAGGGCCAAGUGAAUUACAGAAAAGGAUACGUGUCUCAGAGGAAGGACGUCAGCGUGUUCACUCCCGUGCACGAGUACCUUCCCUUCCUGCACGCGUACCUGGAUGCCAAAAUUACGUCUGCGCCAAAGGUUCUGUAGGAGGCGCGGGGAAAACACGCGGUAGGCACGUGCCAAGGCUGUUUCCCAUUCUGGAUUGUAAUACAAACGAAAUAUUAGUUUUUUUUUAUCCAUAACUUUUCCCCCAAUAUUCACAAACUGUAUCGAUGGAUUUACCAAUAAACUAUCUAUCAGUUA